AGCAGCAGCAGCAGCAGCAGCAGCAGCAGCACCUCUGGGAAAUGCUGCAGCAAGUGCAUGCGUCUCAGCAGCUGCUGGCGAGCUGUAUUGGAGCCCAAGUAACACUGCUGCAGGAGCACAGCAGCAGCAGCAGCAGCAGCAGCAGCAGCGAGAGCAGCACGGCAAAGGAGGGUGAGGCAGAGGCGGAGCAGCAGCAGCAGCAGCAGCAGCAGCAGCAGCAUGCGUACCAGCGAGAUGCAGCAGCAGCAGCAGCGUCUGCUGCAGCGUUGCUGCUGCUGCUGCAGCAGCGUCAGGUGUAUAGGCAGCAGCAGAAAGCUCUAUGGCAGCAGCAGCAAUACUGGGAUAAGGAAUACAGAGAAGCAGCAGCAGCAGCAGCAGCAGCAGAUGUGCUGCGUGUAGCUGCAGCAGAAGUCCCACCGCCCCCUCUCCUCUGUGGCCGCUGCAGCAGCAGCAGCAGCAGCAGCAGCAGCAAUAGCAGCAGCAGCAGCAGCAACAGCAGCAACACUUGCACGUUGUCUAUUGUCCCCGCUCGACUUCUAGGCAGCAGCAGCAACAGCAGCAACAGCAGCAGCAGCAGCAGCGCGGCAUCAGCACCAUCCUCCUCCUCAUCAUCACCAUCAGCAGCAGCAGCAGCAACAGCAGCAGCAGCAGCAGCAGCAGCAGCAGCAGCAUUGUUUUGUUUGUCUCCUGUUGCUGUUGACACGCGUGAGCUGCUGCGGAGCCUGGAAGGCCUCGCAGACUUCUGGGGGGAGCAGCAGCAGCUGCUGGCAGCAGAAUACCAUCUGCAUGCAGCAGCAGCAAUAGUACAAGAAGCAGCAGCAGAUAAACAAUAUAAACAGCAGCUGCUGCUAGAUAGACUGCAGCAGCAACAGCAGCAGCAGCAACUGCAGCAGCAGCAGAACACGCAACAAAACCAAGACACACAACCAGCAGCAGCACCAGCAGCAGCAGCAGCAGCAGCAGCAGCAGCAGCAGCAGCAGCAGAUAGCUGCGACACAGAUACAUUAUAUUUUGGUUCAGCAGCAGCAGCUGCUGCAGCAGAACCAACAGCAGCAGCAGGAUCAAUCCUGCAGCAGCAGCAGCAGCUGCUGCAGCAGAACCAACAGCAGCAGCAGGAUCAAUCGCAGCAGCAGCAGCAGCAGCAGCAGCAACAGCAGCAGCAGCAACAGCAGCAGCUGCAACACACCAGCGAUAGUCUAGAGAAACUCCUGUCAAAGGACACGGGCAGCAGGCUCUCUGUUUGUAGCUCCACUGUUGAGGAUGCCUUCUUGCUGCUGCUGCUGCCGGAGCAGCAGAUCAGGGCUACCAUUCAGCAGCAGCAGCAGCAGCAGCAGGAGAAGCAGCAGCAGCAGCAGCAGCAGCAGGAGAAGCAGCAGCAAGGGGAAGAAGGGGGAGAAGCUGCGGGCGAGCAAACCAGAAGCAGCACAAUCGACAGCAUCAGCAGCAACAGCAGCAGCAGCAGUGACUGCAGCAGCAGCAGCAGCUGCUGCAGCAGAACCAACAGCAGCAGCAGGAUCAAUCGCACAGCAGCAGCAGCGACAGCAGCAGCAGCAGCAGCAGCAGCAGCAGCAGCAGCAGCAGCAGCAGCAGCAAAGAUGUCCUGGGUGCUGCUGACGGAGCGCACUUUGCUGCUGCUGCCCUUCUCGCUGCCAUUCCUCCAUGAAGCCGUGUCUAAGCAGCUGGUGAAGAUGAAUAGGCCGCUGAUGCUGAUCAACGAAACCUCUCCUUUGCUGCCACAACUCAAACAGCUCCCUCUUCUCUAUACAAGUGAGCCCCACACAGCAGCAGCAGCAGCAGCAGCAGCAGCAACAGCAGCAGCAACAGCAGCAGCAGCAGCAGCAACAGCAGCAACAGCAACAGCGACAGCAGCGAAGCAGCCAAAACAACAGCACCAACAAAAACAGCAAAACCACCACAACCACCACCACCACCACCACCACAACCACCACCAUCAGAACCAGCAGCAGCAGCAGCAGCAGCAGCAGCAGCAGCAGCAGCAGCAGGAGUGUGUGUGUGCCUUCAUCAGGGAUUUAUCUUUUUUUGAGGGUUCUCUCUCUCGCUAUACAGCUAUGCUGCAGCGAAGAAGCAAAUUGUUAGAGCCCCUAGCAGCAGAGCUAAACCCUCAGUUCUAUCUAGACCUACUACGGCAGCUGUGCUACGAGCUAGGAGAGGUUUACGAGCAGCUGCAUCUCUGCAAGUGGAAGGGAGAGAAACCCUCAGCAGAUGAAAACCCCAAUGCAGGCGAGGAUCUGUGCAUAGAUGCGGAUAAGCGGGGCUGUGACCCCGUAUCUGAGCUGUCUACGGAGCUCCGCGCUGCUCUUAUUUCAGCAAAAAUUAAAAAAAGUAAAAUGCUCGCGCAAAUGGGGAGAAACAAAACAGAGUGUUUACACUGUAUGGCCACGGCACUCAAAGAGUAUGAGGAGUUGACUUCGUUUUUUGCUUCAUUCGAAGACUCUGCGGUUGUGGGUUCUUUGCUGCACACGCAGAUGCUCUUGAUGACGCAGCAGCAGCAGCAGCAGCAGCAGCAGCAGCAGCAGCAGCACCAGCAGCAGAAGCAGCAGCAGCAGCAGCAGCAGCAGCAGCAGCAGCAGAAGCAGCAGCAGCAGCAGGAGAAGCAGCAGCAGCUGCUGCUGCAGCUGCAAGAGGAAUAG